AUGUUCACCUCCAAACCUCCACCCUCACGCCUCCUCACCCUCCCCGCCGAAAUCCGCACCCUCAUCUUCGAAUUCGCCUUGACAUCCUCUUCCAAACCCACCGUAACCUUCCGCCUCGACCCCUACCAACUCGACACCUACACGCCCGCCGUCCAACCGCCCCUAACGCGGGUAUCCCGGCAACUCCGCGAGGAAACCCUGCCCAUCUACUACGAACUCACGCCCUUCAUCCUGCACUCGGAAGCGCCCAAAGCCGAUGAUGCUCUACGCUGGCUGCGCUGCAACGAGGCGUACCUCCCCCUGUUGCGGAGACUGACGUUUUGGAUCCGGUACGUGCCGGCGAGGGGGAGUGCGGGGGUGGGGGCUUUUGGGGUGGGGAUUGGAAGGGCGAGGAAGGGGGGUGAGUGGGCGGUUGAGGAGGAGUGGAGGUGGAUUACGGUUGUGAGGCGGCCCGGGGAUGUGGAGGGGGAUGCGAAGGUUUUGCUUGGGAGGAUGGGGGUGGUAUUGAAGGAGGGCGGGUUGGGGGAGGGUGCGGGGCCGGAGGAGUUUGUGGGGUUUAUGGAGAGGGUUAGGGGCGAGUAUGUUAGGGGGAAGAUGGGGUGA